AUGGAGAGAGUGAAUUACCCUUUUUUCGACAACUCCAGGACAUUGUACAUUGGAGAAGUACCCCUGGGCAUUUCGGAUGAAGAACUUCAUAGAUAUUACUCAGCAUACGGAGAAAUCAAGACCGUCAUAGUUUCAGCCGAUUCAAAGACGAGCGUAUCUAGAGGUUAUGGAUAUAUACAAUUCAGAUCAGCGGAAUCUAUGAAAGCAGCGCUACAAGGCGAAAAUUUUACAAAAUUGAAUGUCCGUAGUGACUCAGGACAUUCCUGCGGAGUGAGGAAAAGCUAUCCUCUAUCAGACGUUUCCAAAGUGAAUUACCCCUUAUUCGACAACUCCAAGACAUUGUACAUUGGAGAAAUACCUUGGUAUACUUCUGAUGCAGAACUUGAGACUUAUUACUCAGCAUACGGAGGGAUUAAGGCCGUCAUAGUUUUAGCAAAUUCAAGGAUGAGCUGGUCUAGAGGUCAUGGGUACAUAGAAUUCAGAUUAGCAGAAUCUCUAAAAGCAGCACUACAAGGCAAAAAUUUGACCAAAAUGAAUGUCCGUAGUGACUCAGGACAUUCCUACGGAAUGAGGGAAAGCUAUCCUUUAUCAGACGUUUCCAAAGUGAAUUACCCCUUAUUCGACAACUCCAAGACAUUGUACAUUGGAGAAAUACCUCGGGAUACUUCUGAUGCAGAACUUGAGAGUUAUUACUCAGCAUACGGAGGGAUUCAGGCCGUCAUCGUUUUAGCAGAUUCAAGGAUUAGUUGGUCUAGAGGUCAUGGAUACAUAGAAUUCAAAUUAGCGGAAUCUCUAAAGGCAGCGCUACAAGGCAAAAAAAUGACCAGUACAAUUGUUCGUAGUGAUUCCUCCGGUGUAAGUGAAAGCUAUCCUCAAUUGUAUUCUAACAGGACACUUUAUAUUGGUGGAGUGCCUUGGGAGUGUUCUGAUGCAGAACUCCAAGAUUACUAUGAACAGUAUGGCGAAGUAGCUAGCGUUACAGUUGUUGCUAGUUCCAAUAUCAGUGGACAGAGAGGUGACGGAUUUAUCGUUUUCAGGAAGAAUGAAGAUUUGAAAAGAGCAUUAGCAAACGAAGCAUGA